AUGUCCUGUGCUAUCUCUGCCUUAACAGUGGAGUCACCUUCCUCCUCUUCCUCUUCCUCCUCCCCUGGCUACUUCGGCACAGAUUCUCCAAAUCUAGAACGUUACCCUCGACGUGGGCGACGACACUCCUACGACUCGCCUGUCUCUCGACGUUCUCACAUUUACGAUGCAGACGCCAUCUUUGUCCGUGUUGAUUUGUUUCUGUCCGAACUCGAGCGGCGCUUAGCAUGGCUGGACAAUUAUCGACAAGAGCGCAUCCUUCACCUGGAUGCCACCCUGAAGCAAGGCUAUGCCGCGCUCGAAGCUGUGCGAGAUUCGUGCUCAUAUGCUUCCGGAGAGCUGAUAUGGGGCGCCGCCAAGCAGAGAGCUAAGAUCUGCGUGGAGACAUUGGAGUCACGCUUCAGCAAUGCCAUACCAUCAAAACAAUCCUUGGAACAAAAAGCGCAGGCCAGCAUGAAAUUGAUGGACAGCUAUUUGUCGGAAUUGGAAGCACGGGCACAUGCCAGACAAUCAAACUUUUCAGCGGCUAUCGAUGAAGGGUGGAAGAGAGUGGACAACUCGAUAGCGCACACUCGAGAAAUCAUAGAUGAAGGCUUUGACCGAGCAAGAAAAGCCAAGGAGGUGCUCAAAGAAAGCAUCUCAAGUGCCUUGUUACAGGCAGCUGAGACGCGUCUCAUCAGAUAUGAAGACUUGCCCCAUCCCUGGCAAGUAAACCCGCACAUCAUCCGGGGCUACCGAUUCACCGAAUCCAAGGUCGAAUGCCUAACGUCCAUCUUCAAACCCUCCAACGAAACCGUCAACAUCUGGUCCCACGUCAUCGGGCUCAUUAUCGUCCUCGCCAUAGCAUUCUAUUUCUACCCAACCUCUGCCACCUUCCCCCUCAGCACCAAAACCGACGUCUUGAUCUCCGCCAUCUUCUUCGCCGCCGCCUGCAAAUGCCUCAUCUGCUCCACCAUGUGGCACACCAUGAACGGCAUCGCCGACAAAACCCUGCUCGAACGCUUCGCCUGCGUUGACUACACGGGAAUCUCCUUUCUCGUCGCAGCCAGCAUCCUCUCCACAGAAUGGACAGCCUUCUACUGCGAACCCGUCUCCCGCAGCGUCUACAUGGCCUUGACCGCUGUGCUCGGCAUCCUCGGCACCAUCCUCCCGUGGCAAUCGACCUUCAACCGCGCCGAUAUGGCCUGGGCGCGCGUAGCCUUCUACGUCACCCUCGCCGCCACGGGCUUCGCGCCCGUCAUUCAGUUGAACAUGACCAGGGGCCCGGAGUGGAGUUUCUACUUCUACGCCCCCAUCGCGAAGAGCCUGUUCGUCUACGUGGCCGGCGCCAUGAUCUACGCCUCCCAUGUUCCCGAGCGAUGGUUCCCCGGCGCGUUUGACUAUGUGGGUGGGAGUCACAAUAUUUGGCAUCUGGCUGUGCUGGGCGGGAUCCUGUUCCACUACACGGCUAUGAUUCAGUUCUUUAAUGGCGCGUUUAGGAGGGCGGUCGAGGCGGGCGAUUGUUUGGCAUAG